AACUACGUGUGUACCUAUCUUGUGGGAUCGGAUCUGGUCUGGAGACGAACAGCCGCCAUAGUCACAUCUUGAAAGUUUGAUCGCGAGAUUAUCACGAAAAUAAACAAACUGAAAAAAUUGACCAUACAUAAAUUUAUGCCAGACUACAGACGUUGGCCCGAUUCCACGUGAAAAGAUCUAGGCCAAAAGGAAGCAUCCUAUGACUCUACAGCCUCGUCACUUAACACGUCCACACCCAAGAUGCUCUCAGAUCCUUACCGCACAACCCUAGGCCGAGACCCAGCGCACCGCACCUGCGCCCUAAACGGGUACGCGUUCCAACAAGACGCACUUCACACAUUCAAAGGGUGGCAGUACGCGUGUUUCUACAGCAGUCUAGCUGCUGACACCCCAGAGCCUCUCUACGUGCACUUGUCGCGGCGGAAAUUACCAGCCGGAGAUUGGGAGACGCUCGUCUUCGAGGACUAUGCGCAGACCAUAGACGAUGGACAUAACACAGUUCAGCUCGGCAUAUGUCCCGGGGACGGCACCAUCCACCUAUCGUACGACCACCACUGUGAUGUCCUGCGGUACCGAUACUCGCGCCCCAGCGUGGCGACAUCACCAGAGACGACGCCGUGGCACUCCUCGCUCUUUACGUUAACGCUCUCUACGCUCCCAGGCCUCGAAUACGACGAGCAGAGCAAUGAACUGCUGAGCUACAUCACGUAUCCUCGCUUCGUGACGCGGGGGCAGGAUCUCCUAUUCACGUUCCGCACGGGUAAGGCGGGGCUGGGAGAUGACCAUCUCUACGUGUACACGGCCCCGUCCUCCUCUUCUUCUCCAGCAACAGAAAGAAAGGAGACAGGAACGAAAGAAAGGCCGGAACUAGGACGGUACAAAUUCCUCGGCACACAUCUCAAGGGCGUGGCGAAUAACCCGUACAUCCACGGCAUGGACGUUUCCCCGGACGGCAGGACGCUGCACACGACCUGGGUAUACCGCGAGUUCGUGCUCUACGACGGCUGGGACGAUCCGAGCGACACCAAGCACAAGCAGCAGGCGGGGCCCAAUUCGGCCGCGAACAAUCGGGACAUAUGCUACGCGUGGUCGUCGGAUGGCGGGACGCGAUGGCACGGGGGCGGGGGUAAUACUAACACUAAGAUCAAUACUUCUAACACGGGAGAAGUCAUCGCGGAUCUAGAGCGCGGCGAGAGCAUUCUCCCGUCGUCCCCGGGCAUCGUGGCCUUCGCCGUACCGAAAGGGUCGGGACUGAUGAACCAGGAGGCGCAGGCCGUAGACGGCGCAGGAGGCGUGCAUGUUCUGAACAGAGAUACGCUGGACGCGGGCGUGAUGCGGUGGAAGCAUUACUAUAGAUCCCCAGAAGGCAGAUGGGCGCAGAGACCGCUCCCGCAUGUGCAGGGCGUGUACGGUGGGAAGCGCGGCCAGAUCGCCGUGGGCCGCGACGGAGACUUGUUCUUCGUGCUUCCGCACCACGCGGACCCUGUGCUGACGAUCCUGCGGGCGUCGAAGGCAAGUCGGUAUGAGGAAUACGAGCUCGUCUGGCGAGGGGAAGGGUUCGUGCCUACAGAGCCGCUGGUGGAUAAGGCGAGGCUGUGCCAUGAUAAUGUUCUCUCGGUGUAUACAAGGGCAUUUUCCGGAUCUGGGGGUCAUAUCGACGUGGUAGUGCUUGAUUUUCAGCUCUAGAUACUCCUGAAUUGCAGGAUACCUAGAUAGUCUUUGAGUUGAGGGCUUUUGAUGUUGGAGA